AUGCAUUGCGUUACUCGCCGUACUCAAUUGUCUCGUCAAUGGCUCCCCCACUCUCUACUCGUUGUGGGCAUCCUGCUCAUACUCUUCGCCUCCCUCCCGCCCCUCAUCCGGAUCUGGGGUGCGCCCCCACCAAAAACAUCUGUGAAGACAAUCAACGAAUACACAUUCGUGGGCGAUGAUUACCCGCAGUACUACCCGGUGGACCUCGGAGCAGUUUCCUUCACGCCAGAAGACACCGUCCACUACCAGAUCUCCAGCAACGACGCGGAAAACGAAUGGGACUCUAUCUUUCCUGACGGCGGCGGGUUCCUUCUCCUGGGCCCCCAGCGGAGGGCAUUCGGCCUCUCCCUCUUCCACCAGAUGCACUGUCUUGUCCGCAUCCGUCGCGCCAUUGGUGCAAGACAGCCAUCCAUCCACGCCCAUCACUGUCUCAACUACCUGCGACAGGCCAUCAUCUGCGAGGCCGAUUCCACGAUCGAACCUGUCGUUCCGAGUCCGGGAGAAAGGACCGUUUACGCGGAGACCUCGAGGUCGUGCAAAGAUUGGGAAAAGGUAUACAAGCUGGUGUCGGACAACUACAAGACAACGAGCUCGUGA